AUGGAGAAGAAUUUUGCACGAAAAGUUAGUACCAUCGAAAUCGAAGUUAAAGUUGAAAAUGGGAGAGGCUACACUAACCUAAAAGCUUACAAAGCAUGUCGCCUAAUUCCAUUAGAUAAGAAUCCUGGUGUCAGACCUUUUGGUGUUGGGGAGGUGCUGAGGAGAAUUGUUGGGAAAGUCAUACUAUCAGUCAUUAAGCCCGAGGUUAUGAGCAGUGCUAGAAAGCUACAACUCUGCGCUGGCCCAGCAGUUGGAUGUGAGGCUGCUGUACAUGCAAUCG